AUGGCUACCGCUACUAGUAACUCAUUCAUGCACUUGGUAAGGCCAAACGUGCUAGCACCAGCAGCUGGAUCAGCCAAUGGACCUGCCAAAGUCAAGAUUCACGCGUCUGCAUUACUCACCAUUUUGGAAAUCGUUGCUAAACAAGUGUUGAACAAGAGAAUAAUUGGUACUUUGUUAGGUAUAAGAUCAGAUAAUGGAUUAGAGGUGGAGAUUAGGGAUGCAUUUAUGGUUCCAUGCGAUGAGACGGGUGACUCCAUCGCCAUUGAAGAUCAAGCUCAUAAAUCCUUGUUUCAUUUGUAUAAGAAAUCGCAUCCAAAGGAAUCAGUAUUGGGUUGGUUUGGCAGUAUGAAUGAAAUCGAUGACACUACAAGUUUAAUCCACGAUUUUUAUUCCAAAGGUGCUGAUCGUGCUUUUCCCUACCCAGCGAUUUAUUUGAAUGUGGAAUAUGUCAAUGAUCAAGGUCAAAUAACCAGUCCCAAGAUAAUAACGUAUAUUGGUGCUGCUGUCGGUAAAUCUGCUGCCAAGACUAAUGUGCAAAUUGGCUGGAACAAGACCGCCAAUGUCAACAAUUCAUAUAUCUUCACACCUAUCCCUAAUGAAGUGGUUGAUGGAACCAAUACUGAAAAACUUGCAUACAAAUCGUUACAAGAAUCAACCAUUGACCAAAACACAAAUAUAUCAUCAAUAAUAGAUGGUAAUCACCCAUUUUUCGCUCAAAAUUUACAACAAGUGCAGCAAAAUGUUGCCAAUUUGAUUGCUUAUAUUGAUGCUAAUGCCACUAAUCAAUCGGAUGAAAACCUUGAUUUGUUGAGAAAAUUGAGUAAUACGUUGUUGACUAAGCCACCAAUCUUGACUGAUGUUGAAGAGUUGAAUAAAUUGUUUGACAAUUUCAACCAAGAUGUUAUUAUGAUUGAAUAUUUGACUAAAGCAGUUAAAGAUCAAAUUGAAUUGAGUGCAAGAUUGACUGCUAGUUCAGAGGCUGAAAAAAGAAACUAA